GACACACAAGCUGUGCUGUCGAGUAAAUUACCUGCAAUUCCCGAUAUUAAUAGCGGGGCGCGUGAGCGGAUUUUACCAGGGGUGCUUUAUUAGAUUUUGCACGUCUGUUCAAUACCUAUCGUCUAUAGCAUUGAUAAGGGGCAUAUGAUUAGUGACCCCCAUCAGUUAUAAGUGCCCUCCCGUCGCUGAGCAUGAUGACUGCAUGUCCAUUACAUGAAGGAUUUUUUUCGUAAUAAUGUGAAAAGUGGACAUUAUACUUUAAGAGAUGAAAAGUGAAGUCGGGCGUUCACUAGCCUGGUGGUUGGGUCUAGGUCUACUGUCUGCCACUCUAGCAUUUCUGUAUUUUAACGGAUCAAAGUCCAGAUCAGCUCUUCCAGACAAAAUCAACGCCACUUAUGACUUCGUUAUAGUUGGAGGAGGUACCACUGGCUCAGUGUUGGCAAGCCGUCUGUCAGAGUCCCCGGAUGUGACGGUUCUACUCCUGGAGGCCGGAGGUCUAGACUCCGAUCCUGACCUCAGGGUCCCACUUCUUUCCGCGCUUGAGCGGAAAUCAGAGCAUGACUGGAAGUUCAUGUCAACUCCACAACAACAUGCCUUCAGAUCUUUGUCUGGAAAGAGGGGGCGCUACAACAUGGGACGGGUCCUAGGAGGAAGCAGUUCCAUAAAUAACAUGGUAUACUUAAGAGGAGGCAGCACUAACUAUAAUGAAUGGGAGAGAAAUGGGGCCUCAGGGUGGGGCUUCCGUGACGUCAUUCCAUACUUCCACAAGCUAGAAGACUUUCGUAUUGAAAAAUUCCAAACUUCGGCAUAUCAUUCCACAAAAGGACCUGUAGUCAUCAGCGACGGAUCUCAACAUCACCCACUUCUUCACGACAUCUACCAGAAAGCGUCAGAAACAUUAGGGAGUAAAGUCACAGAUUGUAACGGCAAGGACGCCAUAGGAUUUUGCUCCAACCCUUCGCUGUUGGACCGCUCUAGGCGGGUGAGUACUUCCUCUGCGUACCUAACACAUGCCAUGGACAGAAAGAAUCUCCACAUCGCCACCUACUGCCACGUCACCAAGAUUCUAAUUUCUAACGGUAAGGCGUUAGGAGUCGAGUACCUACAGAAUGGAAGGAGAGAAGUUGUGGGGGCCACUAAAGAGGUGGUAUUGUCCGCAGGAGCCAUUGGGUCCCCCCACAUUCUGCUUCUGUCAGGGGUCGGGCCGAAGGCUCACCUAGAAGAACACAAAAUUUCGGUCCACUCUGAUCUUCCAGUAGGAAACUUUAUUCAAGAUCACGUGAUGUUUCCAAUCCGAGGCUCCAUAAAUGAAUCCUUAACAGUGACCUACCCAAGGUCAACCAGCGUUCUGGCAAAACUAAAGUACAGUUUGUUUGGGGGAGGUCCGUUGUCAUCAAAUGGCGCCAUUGUAGGCCAUUCAUUGGUAGAAACAAAACAGAAUAAGACGAAACAGGCCGACUCGAUGUUAAGUUUCCUAGCAACUAUACCGGAACUCUGGUCGGCAAUGGAUUAUGGGUAUGAUACGCAUGUUAAGAAGGAGCUCAUACCCGUCAGACAUGGGAAACCUAAUUCUACUGAAGGUAUUACCUUCCUUAUUAAACCUCUGGGGAUAAAAAGCAAUGGGACAAUGCGGAUACGCAGCACUAAUCCUUUCGAUCCGCCGGAUGUUGAUCCUAGGUAUCUGGAACAUCCAGAGGACGUUAUUGGUCUGAUCCAAGGGAUAAGGAGUUACUAUAAACUUAUGAAGACUAAAGCCUUCGCCCGCAUACAGGCCAGGCCACCGUACUCACCAUUUACCAAGUGUUCGAAACAUAAACUGAAUUCUGACAAUUAUUUAGAGUGCUUAGUGCGCCAUCUAGCGGUGCCAGGGAGUAAUCUGAUUGGUGGAUGUAAAAUGGGGUCUCCGAAGGACAACACGACAGUGGUUGAUCACAAGCUAAGAGUGAAGGGGAUAGAGCGACUGCGGGUGGUUGAUUCUUCUGUGAUGCCGACAUUAGUGUCGCCCGAUCUACUAGCGCCCUCUAUAAUGAUGGCGGAAAAGGCUGCUGACAUGAUAAGGAGUAGCCAUUUAUUGAAAAAGAAAGUUUUAAAUACAAGAAAAACUAGGUAGCGAUGAUGGAAUUAGGAUUUUCGAAUGUUAUAAUUAUUUUUUGUACCAUGAUAUAUAGUGAAACAUUAAUUUAUACACAGUUAUGUACAGAAACUUAUGAAGAAUAAACGGAACAAACCAGCAA